AAAGUAAUAAAUGAGAGAAGCCAAUGUACUAUUAAAAUACAAAUUAGCUCUAGAGGUUUUUUUUUCAUCACGAAAUGAGAAGGGUGUUACUAUUAGUCGUACUAAAAUAUCUUAUUCUGUCAUUCUAAAACAUACAUACACAAUUACAUCACAUAACAAAAUACAAUCUACAAAACAACACCAUAUAAGAAAAACAACUCACAUACAAAAACUCUUCAUUGCACACUCGUCGUCGAACUCCAACGAUCUCAUCGGAGGUCUCAAUCAUCGUCGUCAUCACCACACAAACACCCUUCAUUGUUCACUCGUCAGUCGAGCUGUGGGGUAGGGUUUUGGGGUGAGGGAGUUUGGGAUUGCUUGUUUUAGUGUUUAGGUUAGAAAUUCACAAUAUGGAGAAAUAUGUUGUUGGGGGUACCACUAAAGGGGCACAAAAGAGAGUCCAAGAGAGGGCCCAUUCAGUUGAAGGUAGCCCUAGGCAAUGCGCCAGGAGAAGAAGCCCGCAAUGCCCACUUCAUAUCAGACAGCAUAGGCAUGGAGACAAAUCCCUAGGGGCCAAUGAAGUCCAGGCUGGCAAGUGGUCCCCGCCUGUAGGCGUCUGCCAGUCGUCAGAAGUCUGACAAGGUGGUUGGGGCUUCUGGCAGGAGGGCAGGUACAAAGCAUUUAAUGCGACGUUGACGUGGAGGAGAUCCACCUCGAGCUCGGUGAGUAUAAAUAGGGGCAGUUGGUAGCAUUUACACAGGUUGGACUCUCUCACUAAAAUUCGUGCUCUAAAGCACUUCUCUCUCUAAGAGACUGACUUGAUCGUCGGAGGGCUAACAGGCCCAGGCGCCCCCCCUCUGUGCUCGUGUGUGUAGGCAGGCGCGAGACAGAAAGGACGUGGACGUGUGGGUGAGGCGUCGAGGCUCAAACCUAUGUCAAUUUAUAGUGUUUUAGGGCGAUAAAAUUUUAAUUUUAAAGCGACGAGUAGCGAUUCAGAAUGAAAAUUUGGAUACACCUCUAAAAAAAUUUAAAGAUCUACAUAUUAGAAUCCAACCAUUAAAUUUAAAAGCAUUGGGUCUUAUAAUACUUCUAAAUAUCAGUUGAAUUUGUACUAUAACAUUAAAAAUAUCGUUAAUCCGUUCUUCACCACUUAAUCCCUAUUUUAUCAACAUCAUAGCACCAACUCUAAGAGUCCAACUCCUACUAGGACUAUUAUUCUUCAUCUAAAGGCAUAAAUCUCAGAAACCUUUUCCUGUUCUUCCAAAACGUACUCCAACAAAUUCAAACUCUAACCUUCUUGUUAACCUACUCCAACUCUCCCUCCUUACCCUAACGGCUCGCCGCCUCACCCGCCAAAAAAUAACUUCCGCAGAACAUCAAUGGAAGACGGAGGAAUCGCAGAGGACGACGGCUUCAGCGCACAUGACCUUUUCAACCACCGCGCCAACGGCCCAACCUCCUACGAAUACGACGACGUCGUAUUCCUCCCACCACCUCUCUCCUCAUCCGCCGCCGCCGUCGUCUCCCUCGCCACCGCCGUAUCCCGCAAUGUCCCCAUCUCGCUCCCCUUCGUCGUCGUCGGCCGUUCCACCGAGCUGAUCCGCUCCCUGAAAUCCCUCCGCCGUCCCGAGAAUCCAGCGCGGCGGAUGGUCGCGGCGGCGAUUGGGACGGAGGAGGAGGCGGCGGAGAAUCGGCUGGAGGAGUUGGUGGAAGCGGGCGCUGACGUGGUUAUUCUGGACGGCGGCGACACUCGGCGGCAGAUUGAGAUGAUUAAUUACGUGAAGCGGAAGUAUCCUGAUUUAGACGUGGUUGCCGGUGGGGACGUGGUGACGGCGAACCAGGCCCGGAUUUUGAUCGCCGCCGGCGCCGAUGGGUUGAGAGUUGGAGCCCGGCGAUGCCAGGCAAGUGCGGUGUACAAAGUGGCUGCCGUAGCAGCGCAAAGUGGCAUCCCAGUAAUGGCAGAUGGGGUGGACAUAUCCAAGCCAGGCCACGUGGCGAAGGCUCUGCUUCUAGGGGCGUCUUCUGUACUGAUCAAGAGUAGAGCCACUGGUGGUGCUGAUCAUGAAGCAGAUUAUCAAGUGCUGGAGAAUCAGGAGGAGUUGAUGCUCGGCGCCAUGGAAGUGGUGAAGCGAAGCUUGCGAUGGUUGGGCGCCUCAUCGUUGCAAUCGGCGCAUCAGCGGCUGCACUCGCAGGAUCUGAGGCUGGAGUUGGUCACGCUCGACACGCAGAGAAAGGAAGAGUUGAUGAGGUUAAAAGCAUCAGCAUUUUGAAAGGAGAUCGAAAUAAGAACCAAUCGUAGUUUCGUUACUAACAAUUCGAGUUAUUGACGCGAAAGAAAUCGUUGGUUAAUGU